AUGGAAUCCAACCUGCAGGGAACAUUCCUGCUGAACAACACGCCACUGGCCCAGUUCUCGGAGAUGAAGGCCCCCGUGUGCCAGUACUCGGUGCAGAACUCCUUCUACAAGCUCAGCCCUCCGGGGCUGGGCCCCCAGCUGGCCGCCGGGACCCCCCACGGAAUCACAGACAUCCUGAGCAGACCCGUGGCCACACCGAACAGUGGCCUCCUCUCCAGCUACCCUCACGUGGCAGGCUUUGGUGGACUCGGCUCCCAGGGGGUCUACUACGGACCCCAGGUGGGGAAUUUUCCCAAGGCUGGCAAUGAGUACCCCACCCGGACCCGGAACUGCUGGGCGGACACAGGCCAGGACUGGCGAGCCGGGCGGCAGUGCGGCAACACCCCAGACCCCCUGAGUGACAGCAUCCACAAGAAAAAGCACACCCGGCCCACCUUCACGGGACACCAGAUCUUUGCCCUGGAGAAGACCUUUGAACAGACCAAGUACUUGGCUGGCCCUGAGAGGGCACGGCUGGCAUACUCGCUGGGGAUGACCGAGUCGCAGGUCAAGGUGUGGUUCCAGAACCGAAGGACCAAGUGGCGGAAGAAGAGCGCGCUGGAGCCGUCGUCUUCCACGCCUCGCGCCCCGGGCGGCGCGGGCGCGGGCGGGGAGCGCGCGGCCUCGGAGAACGAAGACGACGAGUAUAACAAGCCGCUGGACCCGGACUCGGACGACGAGAAGAUCCGGCUGCUGCUGCGCAAGCACCGCGCCGCCUUCUCGGUGCUCAGCCUGGGCGCGCACAGCGUCUGA